AAAAAGGAGCUCUAGACGAAUUCUCAAAAUUUCACACAGAACGUGGCACGUUUUGCACAGUGGCGAAAAAACCAACAAAAUAAAGGAAGACGAAAAAUCUUGAAAGCCGAGGCUGAUUCGAGAAAGAAGAAGAAGAGAAUUGAAUUGAGAGAAAAAAAAAAAAAAAAAAAGGGAGAAAUUGUGCGUUGUUUAGAUGCAUGUCGGGGGAGGAAUAACAGUGGAUCUUAACUGGUUCGUGCAAUUCAUAUUGACUUCGUUUUUAAUCUUCUUUGGAUUGCUUCACUUGGUCAAGAAUACAGCAUCUAAGUACUUCGAGGUAGACGCCAAUUUCGAAGGCACCGAUCGUAAUCGCCACGACUUAAUGUCCUCCUCGAUUCCCAUCGAAAACGACGAUUUCUCUUGUGUCGUCUGCGCCAAUCCCGGCACCAAAAAGUGCUCGCGUUGUAAAUCGGUCAGAUAUUGCUCAUCGACGUGCCAAUCAACUCAUUGGAAAUCUGGUCACAAGACAAAAUGCAAGGAUUAUGGCAAAGUAAAUUCAGUGCAGUCUGUGAUAACUAAUUUUGGACCAAAAGCUUCUUGCGGUGGAGGUAAAAAUAUCAAUGGAAUCGCACUGGUUCCUGCCCAGGGAACCUGUAAGGUUUUUAAAAAACCUAGAAAGGUUCUUUUUCCAUAUGAUGAAUUUGUGAAGUUGUUCAAUUGGAACAAGCCUGGAUUCCCUCCUUGCGGGCUUUUAAAUUGUGGAAACAGUUGCUUUGCAAAUGUAGUUUUACAAUGCCUUACAUACACAAGACCUUUGGUUGCUUACUUGUUGGAGAAGGGCCAUAGGAGAGAAUGUAGACAUGAUGAUUGGUGCUUCCUAUGUGAACUUCAGGCACAUGUAGAAAAAGCAUGCCAAAGUCAGCAUCCCUUUUCACCAAUGAGUAUCCUCUCACGGUUACCUAACAUUGGUGGUAAUCUUGGUUAUGGAAGACAGGAGGAUGCUCACGAAUUCAUGAGGUUUGCCAUCGAUACAAUGCAAUCAAUUUGCCUUGAUGAAUUUGGUGGAGAAAAAGUUGUUAAACCGAGCUCUCAAGAGACAACACUUAUCCAACAUAUAUUUGGUGGCCACCUUCAAUCACAGGUGUUAUGUACAAAAUGCGGUAACAUUUCAAAUCAAUAUGAAAAUAUGAUGGAUCUGACUGUCGAAAUUCAUGGAGAUGCUGCAUCAUUGGAAGAAUGCCUGGAACAAUUCACUGCCAAAGAGUGGCUUCAUGGAGAGAAUAUGUAUAAAUGUGAUGGAUGCAAUGACUAUGUGAAGGCAUGGAAGCGUCUUACUGUUCGACAUGCACCAAACAUUCUCACAAUUGCCUUGAAGAGGUUUCAGAGUGGGAGGUUUGGGAAACUGAACAAAAGAGUGAGUUUUCAUGAGACUUUGGAUCUUAGCCCUUACAUGAGUGAAGAAGGAGGUGGUGCAGAUGUCUACAAGCUUUAUGCAGUUGUUGUCCAUGUGGACAUGCUGAAUGCAUCUUUUUUUGGCCAUUACAUAUGCUAUGUCAAGGAUUUCAGUGGAAACUGGUACAAAGUUGAUGACUGCAAGGUUAUGAAUGUGGAAAUGGAAGAAGUACUUUCUCAGGGAGCAUAUAUGCUUUUAUACAGCAGAGUUGCUCCACGGUCUUCAUAUUUAACUAAUGGGGAACCUUCGAUGAAGGAUGAGCAGAAAGCAGUGAAUGGGGAAUUGGAGCCUAUUGCAAAUGUAGAUGAAAGCUUCUCUCCCAGUGAGUUGAGUAAUCCCAUUACUAGGUCCGCAUCCUCUUCAACCGAUGAUGCUUCACACUUGAGGGUUUCUGUUUCCAGUGAUGAAAACAAGUCAUCUUCUGCUCAAGUUGCAAUAGAAGAUCUGGAGGAUGUCAAUAUGGUUAAUAACAACUUAAGUUCAUCUGACAGGAAAUAUCUGUCUAGCUGCAAUGGAAAAAUAAACAUGGCAUUAAGUUCCAAAGCUGCUAGGGAAGAUCUGCAGGAGGACACACACAUGGUUGAUUCUGGACCUUAUUUAUCUGGUUAUAGAGAGUUUUCUGUCUGUGAUGAUGAUUCACAUGUAGCAAUUGAUCAUGAAGCAAUCAUAGGAGAUUCAGAAGAUAUAAAUAUGGUCGAUUGUGAUACAGAUUCAUUUGUUGCAACGGAUAUUAAAAUUUGCGGUUGUAUGUGUUCAUGUCCAGGUGAGACAUCUCCAGCUAGAGCUCACAAUCUGAAAAGUUUGGUUGGUGAGAAUGGUAAUGGAGUCAAGAGAAGUGAAAUAUCAGAGGCAAAUUAGUUCACGAUAAUGUCAUUGGUUGCAUUUGUCCCACUAAUUUCUGUUCAUAAUUUUUAACGAUAGUGACAACCCCAACUUCGAAGGAAGAGGCUGAGUUGGGAAUUUUGAUCUGGGUUCAAUAUUUGCAGAAAUCACAGGUUCUAUUGUACUGAUUUUUUAGAUGAACUGGGUAACUUUGUUAGUUAUACAGUUUGAAGAAUGGCAAUACCUUGAGAACAUGUUUCUCUUCUCCAUAAAUGUGAUUUAUGAAGUGUUUGCCAGUGUCA